UACCGUAGGAAGGGCAGGGUGCUGCCAAUCCGUUAGGAGCUGGGAGGGAGGGGAAAGCAUAAUUCUGGAAAAUCCCUAAAUCUUACAGGCUAGUGAUGUUGAUGGCUAUGUUUUUGAGUAGACGUCGUCUGGGUCUUGAUUUAAUGCUCCUCAUUUGAUAGACAGUGUCUCUGACACUAGUCAUUCUUUUAAGUGCUGCACUCCAGUAUCAACCUGGAGUUUUGUGAUUGGUGUGGGAUUUUCCACAACCAAAAAUUUUGACUUGGAAGUACGAGUGUUAUUACUGAACUAGAACUGAUAUCACAAUGAGAAAAACUGUGAUUUCCAUAAGAACAAUGAUGUGCUUACAUUGAUGUUGGACGCCACCUUUCAAAUCUUUCCUUUUUGUUUUAAAAUGACAUGUAUUUGGUGUUUGUCAUUCUUAAAAAUAACAUAGCGUCCUGUAUUAGAAAAUAACUCAUAAUAUUGGAAAUCAGAAAAUCAUGGAGGUAGCAUCUUUUUCUGAUCAUUCAAAGUCUUUUUUUUUCCUGCUGCUCUGAUGGGAUUUGAUAAUGUAAUUCAUGAGAAUUCACUGUGUAGACUAACUGAACCUGAAGACCAACUUGGAGAGUAAAUUGAAAAUUGAUCUAAGAUAACAAUAUUUCAGUGAUUUAGAGGCUAAUUUCUAGGGGAUAGUUGAAAUACUGUUGAUUGAUUCAAAGGAAAUUUCGAUUUAUUUCAGAAGAUGAUGUUUUGGAAAACUGUGUGUGUGUGUAAUUGAAAUAUGGCGGAAGUAAUAUGUUUGGAAGUAACAAAUGACUUUGAAACUAUAAUUUCCAAAGCACACCUACACUUUUUUUCCAUAUGUUUAUUCCUAUCAUAGUUACUGAGGUGGUAGAAGGUGAAUGAGAUAAUCUAUGGUCUUUUUGUCCUAUGCCCUAGUCAUAAUUUGAAUUAUUGAAUAAUUUGAUUUUUAAAAAUUAAUUUAUGGUAUGUGGGUGUGGCCAGCACUUAGCGCCCAUGCAUAAUUGCCCUUGAGAAGAUGCUGAUGAGCUUUAUGAAGGUAGCAGAUCAUUUAAAUAAAGUUACUUUGAAGUAACAGAACUUGAGUGCCCUUAGCAGCUUAAGCAGUAGCAAUCUUUCCAAAAAAAUCUAAUAUCUUAAAAGGUCUGAUCUUUUUCGUGAGUGUCAAAUUUGUAAACAGUUGCAAAACAUGGCAGGUUUUUAUUUAUACCUUGUAGUUGAUAGUAGUAAUUUGCCUUUAACCUUCUUCAACAUAAUAAGUGGUUUUGGGAAAAUUUUUGAAAAACUAUGAAAUAUGGAAUCUCGAAGUAAUCCAUUCAUAAUUUGCCUUGCAAAGCUCCCAAGUUGAUUGCGUUUUUUGUUUUAUAUAGCAGUAUUCAUCACCAUUAACAAUUUGGACAAGUGUAGUGAAGGCAAUUUGAACUUUUUGAAGUGUAGUUGUUAAUGUAAUUUUGGAACAGCAAGAGGUUAGUUGUGCAUAGGACGGUUCCACAAACAGCAAUGAGAUAAUGACCAGAUAAUCUCUCUGUUUUAGUGAUGUUUUUGAAGGAUAAAUAUUAGCCAGAACCCUAAGUAGAACUUGUCUCAGUGUAUUAUAAAUGCCUCGAAUUGAAAACUAUUUAGUUGUAAUAUAUUACAAGUGAUUCAUCUUUUGAACAGUGAUCAUCAAAAAUGAAUUUUGGAAGGAGGCCAAACAGAGGAGGAGGAAAGUUCAACAAGUCUCAUGGUGGUACAGGAGGAGGAAGUAGGAAAGCCUCGGGAAAAGCCUGGGAUGAUGGGGAUGAUUUCAGUUUCGCCCAAAAGCCAACUGUCCCGAUGAGGACUCGGAGUAGGGGAAAAGGAAAAUCUGGAAUUGGAACUUCAGCCAGAAGUGGACCAGGAACCAGAUUUGGAGUUGGAAGUAGAGGAGGAACGAGAACUGGAGUUGGGGGUGCAGCAGGAACAGGAUGUAGGAAAUUUGCUGAUGAAAGGAUGAAGGAUGAAUCAGAGUUCAACUUAUUUGGUAAUAUGUUAAAAUCACAAAGCUCAAAAAGUAAUAGCCAAAGGGGAGAAAGACUUGGAUCCAAAUCCAGUGAUCAAGGAGUACUUUUGCAGACUAUAAACAUGACUGCCGAAAACCAGAAGGAUGUCAAGCAACUUCUGCGGGAACUGCAAAAUUAUGAAAAGGAGGUUGCAGUACAAAGUGAUAAUUCUGAAGAGGAAUGUGAUCCGAAGGAAGAGUAUGACGAACUGGAUUACAGAGAUGAAGAUCAGUACUGGUCCACGAAGGAAGAGGGUUUGGCAGUUGCUGAAAGUGUUCCCUUGGUGCACUAUCCUGUCAAACAACAAGCCAGUUUUGAGCAAUCUGAGAUCUCUCCUUUUGCUGUUCGGAAGCUGACAAGGUAUGGUUUUCAUGCAGAAUAUUGCAAAUCAGCACUCAAGAUGUUUGAUGGAGAUGCAGGAACAUCUUUGGAAUAUCUAUUGCAACUGUGCUUUAGGGAAAAGUUCAAAGAUAGAAUCAAGGCCUCUCCCAGAUCUGGUAAUAUUAUCUUGGAGGAUUGUGUGGAGAGGAGGCAAGAAGAAGCUCUCGUUCUUAGCUCCAUUUUUGAGAGCAAAUUCUCUGAACGUAUUCAAAACCGGGUCUGGACUAUUGAAUUGGCACUUGUGUUCCUGACACAGGGACUUAAUAAAUUUCGAAGGUCUGAGACUGAAGAUGUGACAAUAAGGACUCUGAAAGAUGUUUGUCAGUAUUAUCUCAAAGGCGGUUGCCGUUUUGGGUCAAGAUGUAAGUUCAGACAUGAGCUUCCUUCAAAGGGAGAAAAGAAGGAGGAUAAUCAUUUGCGUUGUGACAGCAAUGCUCUUUUGUACACGCUUGAGAUCCGAUUUCCGCCUAAUAAUAAAUAUCCAUACGAGGCCCCACUUUUAGCUUUCUCUACUACUAAUGACUGCCUGCCUCAAGCUUGCCGUUUGCAUAUAACUGAACAUCUCUACGGAGAGGCCUUGUUAGCUGCAAAAACUCAUGAACCAGUGGUUCACACUUUAAUCAUGUGUUUGGAAAAUGAAGCGAAAAUGAAUGAACUGCUUCUUGAAACCUCCCAUAAAUACAGUGUGCCUCCUGUUCCCCUGUCUCUCUUGACUGAACAAACUAAUGGUGAACAAACACCUCGCAAAUAUCCUCUUGAUCAGCAGCUGGCAGUUAAAGCUUAUACUGGAGCAGAAUUGGAAGAUGAUGACUUACAGGAAGAAGAGCCUGAGGCUGUGGUUAUGGAAACAGAGAGUUAUGUGUAUCUUAAGAAGAAACAGUUGAAGAAGUAUAACUGGAAACUGGGGAAUGUAUAUAGGGAAAACCAAAAACUUUGUAAACAAUUUCAAGCGAAACAGUCUUCCAGACAAUAUCAGACAAUGUUGCAGGAAAGGAAAAAACUUCCAGCGUUUCGUGAGAGAGAGACAAUCUUGAACUUACUGAACAAGGCCCAGGUCCUGGUAGUGAGUGGUAUGACAGGGUGUGGAAAGACAACUCAGAUUCCUCAAAUUAUCCUGGAUGACUCUCUUAAUGGUCCUCCUGCAAUGGUUGCCAACAUCAUAUGUACUCAACCUCGAAGAAUUUCUGCUAUUUCUGUAGCUGAGCGAGUAGCCAAAGAACGGAUCGAGAGGCUAGGAGGUAGCGUCGGAUACCAGAUUAGACUUGAAAGUGUGAAGGUUGUUAUCUGGCUACAUCUAGCUCUGUUCUGUGAUUUUGUUCUUUUAUUUCAGGCAAACUCCAAUGCAGAAAACAUGAAGUUAAUUUCAGCGAUAUUGUGUGCUGCCCUCUACCCGAACGUUGUCCAGGUGACCACUCCUCAGAGUAAGUAUGCGAAGACGAUGUCUGGUACACUAAAAGUGCUACCAAAACCAGAAGAGCUGCACUUCAUCACAAAGAAUGAUGGAAAUGUCCACAUCCAUCCUUCUUCAGUGAACUAUCAGGUCCGGCACUUUGAAAGUCCUUAUUUGGUAUACCAUGAGAAGGUGAAAACCAGCAGAGUUUUCCUGCGAGACUGCAGCAUGGUUUCUGUCUACCCCCUGGUGCUGUUUGGGGGUGGCCAGGUCAGUGUGGAACUUGAGAGAGGGCAGUUCAUCAUCUGUCUCGACGAUGGAUGGAUUCGAUUUGCUGCAGCUUCUCCUCAGAUUGCUGAGCUAGUUAAAGAGCUUCGCUGGGAAUUAGAUCAGCUGCUGGAGGAUAAAAUUAAGAAACCCAAUAUGGACUUGUGUACUUGUCCAAGGGGAUCGCUCAUCAUUGACAUGAUUGUUAAACUUAUAACCACUCAGUAAGAACGAAGCUGGGAAAAUGUUUUUUGCCAAGGUGACAUUCAGAUGCCCCGAGAACUUGGAGGAAAAACUGCUCAGCCAUUUGCACUAUCUUCCCAAACACUGGCAACUGAAUUCCGACUUCCUCGUCAGCACUAAGUGAAGAUAAAAAUGAUUGUGAACUGCUUGUUCUAGCUACAUUAUGUAUGCACAAGAAUUUGAAUCAUUGCAACAAGCAAAACCUACUGGUUCUAUUAAUAAAUGAUAUAUUAUUGACAACUCAGAACUAAAACAACUUUGUCAAGGAAGUCAUAUUUUUACUGUUCAACACUAUGCACAUAGAAAAUUGCAGACUUAGUGGAUCAUCAUUAUUAUACACUUACCAGCCAAAAUCUUAACAUGAACUUUAAGAUGAGGGUUACCAGUUUCACUUCAAUAGAAUGUAGCUUGUCCUAGAAAAAUGCUGAAGUUGUAAAUAUUUGUUUUGCAUAAGGGGUGACCUGCUGGUGCAUUUUGAGAUUUUGGUUCUUUGAGCUACUCAAAGUAUUUGUAUCACGUACAGGAGAAAUAUAAAAUGUAUGACUUUGUCACACUUUCAUCCUUGUGAUACAGGAUAAAUAAAUAUUUUAAGUAAGAAAUAAA